AUGGGUCUGUGGAAGCCCCACGACGUCCUGCUCUGUCACAUCAUUCCUUUACGAGGCCAAAGGCCUGUCUUUCUCGAGUUCCGCUCCUCCAAAGUCUUCAUUCUAGUUGCGGUGUGCUGGUCCGUAUUCACGGAUGUCUUUCUGUACGGGGUCGUCGUCCCGGUCAUCCCCUUUGCUCUCCAAGACCGAGUCCACAUCCCUCACGAACACACUCAGCAUUGGGUUUCCGUCCUCUUGGCCGUCUACGCGGCGGCACUGUUGUUCCUCGCCCCCAUUUGCGGUAUUGUAGCUGAUCGGACAAGUUCUCGAAAGGGUCCUCUGCUGGUCGGUCUCAUCGUCCUGGCCGGAUCGACGCUGAUGUUUUGCUUGGGCCAAACAAUUCCGGUCCUUGUCGUUGGCCGGAUGCUGCAAGGUGCUUCAGCAUCUGUGGUCUGGACCGUCGCCCUCGCCCUGCUUGCCGACACGGUCGGCGAGGACGAAUCUGGCCAAGCGAUUGGGUACGUGAGUCUUGCGACUUCCCUGGGCAUCUUGGUGGCGCCCUUGAUUGGUGGCGUGGUAUACGAGAAGUCGGGAUACUACGCCGUGUUCGGCGUCACCUUUGCCGUCAUUGGCCUGGACAUCCUCUUGCGCCUGGUGUUGAUUGAGAAAAAGACGGCGGUGCGAUGGCUCGGACCCGACUCGUCAUCAGUUCAGCCCUCCUCAACCGGCGCCACUCAAACCGACAUCCCACUCCCAGAUCGAGAUCGAUCGGCCGCCGGGGGCGAGAAGAGCGCACACGCCGCCAUCACCGAGCCUUCCCACCGCCAUCCCAAGAGGAAACUACCGCCAAUGCUCAUCCUUCUCCGGUCCCGUCGGAUUCUGGCUGCGUUCUGGGGGAAUUUAGUCGGCGCCAUGACGUUCACGGCCGUGGACACCACUCUGCCCCUGUACGUCAAUCAGAUCUUCGGCUGGGAUUCUCUGGGAGCUGGUUUGGCCUUUAUCGCCCUGCUCGCGCCGAGCUUUGCCGGCCCCGUGAUAGGGCAUUGGACCGACAAGUAUGGACCUCGCUGGAUUGCGGCGUCGGGCCUCUUCCUCUCGGUGCCAUUUUGGGUCCUGCUCCGACUGGUGGACCACGACACCGUCGGUCAGGCUGUCCUCCUCUGUGCCCUUCUCGUGCUUCUUGGCUUGGCCACUGCGUUGGUGCUGACCUCGUUAAUGGCCGAGUUCAGCAAAGUCUGUGAUGCCAAAGUGCGUCAGGAACCUGACCUUUUUGCGGGAAAGUCGGCCUAUGCUCAGAGCUAUGGGAUUUUCAACGUGGCAUGGGCGGCAGGUAGUUUGCUGGGGCCACUCGUUUCGGGAUCUAUUAGGACGGCUGCCGGCUGGAAAACCAUGACGUGGACGAUGGCUUUGUGGUGCGCGGUAGGCGUCCUUCCCACCGUAUUGUAUUCAGGUGGCAUGAUCAGGAAGAGCCAGAGGCCGAACCGGGGCAGAGGAGUUUUGGCCGAUGAGACUGCGUGA